GUGAAAUGAAACUGUAAUUCAGAUUCUGCAGAACAACUCUUAAACACAUUUCAGUUUGCAAACGGAAACAGCAGAACAGAGCAUCCACAUCAAAGAAAGACAUGGCCACAGUCAGCAGUUUCCUGUCCGAAGAUCAAUUUCUGUGUUCCAUCUGUCUCGAAGUGUUCACCAACCCUGUUUCUAUUCCAUGUGGACACAACUUCUGCAAAGCCUGUAUCAGCAGACACUGGAAGGAUAAAGAGCAGUGCCAGUGUCCGCUGUGCAAGGAGGAGUUCAGCAAGGGGCUCAAACUUUGUGUUAACACCACAUUCCGAGAGGUUGUGGAGAAAUUCAAGAAGAAUUAUAUUGUGCCAAAAAACGAGACACCAGUCAAACCUGAGGAUGUGCUAUGUGACUGCUGCCUUGAUAGCAAAUAUAAAGCAUCCAAAACCUGUUUGGUGUGUUUAGCCUCAUAUUGUGAAACACACCUUGAAUCUCAUCUCAGAGUGCCUGCACUGAAAAGACAUAAGCUGACUGAUCCUGUGCAGAACCUGGAAAAAAAGAUCUGCAGGAAACAUAACAUGAUUUUAGAGUCCCUCUGCAGCAAUGACCCCACACCUGCUUGUGCCCUGUGCAUAAAACAUGAUACAGCCCCUGUAAAAAAGGAGCACGAACACCAAAAGCCUCCGAUGGUGAACAAAAAUGAAGAAGUGCGGGGCAGAAAAGGGAAGCAACGCAAGAAUGCAAAAAGAAAAAAUGACAAACAUGAAGCACCAGCAAACAGUGUUGAAGACUCUGAAGAUAGCAGUGAUGUUUACCUAUGGUGUAAUCAGUAUUUCAUAAAUUUUUCUAAAGUUCCUUUUAACAGUGCCAUUUCCAAGGGGAGGUUUUACUAUGAAGUUGAUAUCGAAGGGCAGAACAGCUGGGAUUUAGGAGUAAUCAGCGAAUCACUGCGGUGGAAAAGGACAUUGAGACCUAAUGACAUGAAUCGCUGUUGGUUCAUAAGAUUGCUUAACUGCAGUGAAUGCAGAGCACGGAACUCAAAUGAAGAAAAAAUGCCUCAGAGAGUCUGGGUGUGUGUAGAUUAUGACCAGGGAAGAGUGUUGUUCUGUGAUGCAGACACCAGGGCUCCUUUCUUCAUGAUUUCUCAAUGCAGGUUCAGGCAAAAAAUCUUUCUGUUUUUUGAACCCGUUCCAUUAAUAAAAUGUCCACCCUGCAUCAAGCAACACAUGGCACAAAAGCCAGUGGAUAAAUGGUUAGGUAUCUUUGUAGUGUUUAUUUUAAUGAUUUGCCUUAUGUUCUCUAUUUAAAUGACAAAACAUAAAAAUUAAAUCUGGCAAAAUCUACUUUCUUGAAUAUGAGCUGCUGACUAUUUUUUGGGGGAAACAGAGCCAUAUAAGUGAAGUCAUUUUAAAGAUUUUUUACAGAGUUAGUUCAAUUUAACUGGAAAUAAAUACAUUUUGAUAUUUGAAGAUGAUGAAAGCUCACUGUUUAAAUCAUUAUAUAUUAUAUAUUGUUUUUGUAACUACACAAAAUAUGACCAUGUAACAAACUAAAGCCUAUGACUAUGAUGGAUGCAUUUGUAUAUGUAUGAAGAAACUAAUUUUAUUUUAGCUAUUAAUGUAUAUGUAUCUUAAUCUGUUUCUAAAAAAACUUUUUGUUGAUUUUUUUUGUAAUUUGGUGAUAGAUGAUAUUUUCAUGUGGUGUGUAUAAAAUGAACAAGUGCAA